CUGAAAAAUUAAACUUGGUAGCCCAACUCUUCCAUCCUCCUCCUCCUCCUCCGGAGCUCCUCUUAGUUGAUAUUUUAUUUAUGAGUCAUACAAUGACGUUUCCUAUUCUCGCCACCAACUGCUGAAAUCUGCUUCUAUCGCGUCCUUCUAUUCAUAUUUUCCAUCCCAACGGUGUUCAUCCCGUUCUGUUAAAAAACAAGAUCCGAUGAGUCAAAUAUGCCAAGAGCCUAAGGGCUUAAAAUCAAAUAUCCCAGCUGGAUUUUCUUCUCAUCAUCAAUCUUGUCGUGGUAAGCAAAGGAAAAUGGAUGAACAUGGAGGGAGCAAAGUGACAGGCAUUAAGCAAAUUGUAAGACUGAAAGAAUUUCUAAGUAAAUGGCAAAAUGUCACACUUGGUCCCAAGGGAAACAACGACAACCACGAGGACAGCGGCAGCAACAAUAAUAAUCUUCGCGGUAGCAAUUCCCCUGGGGGAAUAUCGCCGUCGAUUAGUAUGAGGCUAAGGAACUACAAUAUAUAUUGUGAUUCAGAUGAAGAGAGUUGUCAAAGUCCAGAGCCACCGCAUGGUGUCCCUAGAGGCUAUUUGGCUGUUUAUGUUGGACCGGAGCUACGGAGGUUUAUAAUUCCUACAAGUUAUCUUAGUGAUCCAUUGUUCAAAUUGUUGUUGGAAAAAGUUGAGGAAGAGUUUGGGUUUGAUCAUACUGGUGGACUCACUAUACCUUGUGAGAUUGAGACAUUCAAGUUCCUCAUGCAGUGCAUGGAGAAUCAUCAGAGAGAUCAAGCUGAUGAUCAUCAACACCAUUCUGCAGGAUCUUCGCCAUUUGUGGAGUGAGUAACUACCAUGGUCUUAGUGAUGAUUCAAUGUUUAGGGGUGAAAUAUUUUCCUUUUCUGUUUUUUUCUUCUCCUAUCUGAUUAAGAUCUUAGAAGAUCCAAUUGUGUACUUGUAUACAGUUUCAUCAUUUCUAUUUCACACUUGUCCUCUGUUUGUCAUGUGUCUAUAGCUGAUUCUGAAAAGAAAAAAAAAAAAUUGAAGGAGAAAAAUAAAAAAGGAGGGCCUAGGUAGUUAUUGAAAAGGUUCAUUGGCAAAAAAGAGAAAGCAGAAACCUUUGGCCUUUUCUAGGUAUUACCUACAAGAAUUUAUGAAGAUCAAGCUUAGCGAAAAUUAUUGCUUUUUUAGAUAUUGCCACUUGUAUUGGAAUAACCCUGUCCAAGUAUAUUGUAAAGCGAUUGAUGUUUGAAUUGUACAAUAUUUAUGUUCUGUGAAAUUUAUAUUACAUUGCAUGGCAAGGGUCUUUA